UGUUAUAGCCUAGAGGCCAGUGUAUUGUUCUAUUUGAAUCAAGUAUUGUAGUGUCCAGGUUCGAAGCAGGCCCAAACUGUACUCGGGCCAGACGUGGUUGGUGUCGGUAGUUCACCACCAGCUAUCCGACAAUAUACGUUGUCUGCCUCACGCGCUGUCUUUUUCUCCUGCCUCAAGACAAUACACUGGCGACGAGGAUUCAAGGCUUAGCUGGUUUAUCUCUACCAUGCCUGUUUACGGCCAGCUGGAAAAAUUCCAAGUGGGGCAAGACUGGGCACAGUAUGUGGCAGUGCUCAAGAACUACCUCCGUGCCAACAGCGUUACCGACGCUGUCAAGCAAAGGCAGAUACUGCUUGCCUCCGUAGGGAUGGAAACCUACCAGCUGAUGUGCACUCUACUGGCGCCUGACAGCCCGGAAUCAAAAUCGUUUGAGGAGUUGGUGUAGGCGGUUCAGGAUCAUGUCAAGCCACCCCCUAGCAGAAUAGCAGCACGCUACAAGUUCUACACGCUAUCACGCAAGGAGGGGGAGUCUAUCGCAGACUUCGUGGUGAAUCUGAGGAGGGCUGCUCAGGACUGCAAGUUUGAGGACUUGAGCGAAUACCUUCGUGACCGCUUCAUCGUUGCUGUUGGAGACAAAAUGAUACAAACCAAGUUGCUGUCCAUGGCUGAUGGCUGAUGAAGUAAGCUUUAAUGAAGCCCUACAAGCCCUACUAGCCAUGGAAUCUGAAGAACUGCAUGCUUCUAACAUACAGGCGGCUCAGGAGGCCGUCAAGGUUCCAGCAGUUAACAAGAUAACUACCGCGCCUCGGGGGCCAUGUUUUGGUUGUGGUGGUGACCAUUUACGCCGGAGUGUAAACAUAAGGACGCGGUCUGCAGCUCCUGUGGCAGGUCAGGACUCCUCAGUCGAGUGUGUCGCGCCUCUGACCGUGCUCGGCCCUCCAUCGUCCCUGCCAGGCGGAAGAACUACGCGAGGAAUAAAACCCAUCGCUCUACCUAUGUGAUCAAGGACAAGGAAGACUGAACUUCAUUGGGUGCUGACAGCAGCGAGGAAAUUCAAGCAUAGACUCGCUACCUACACUGGGGAAAUAAUGAAGGUCUUAGGCUGCAUUGAAGUGGACGUAAAGUAUGAUAAUCAAAGAGCGUGUCUACUUCUGGUGGUUGUGGACGGCCGUGGACCUUCACUACUGGGGCGUAACUGGCUGCCGCAUCUGCGUUUGGAUUGGCCUAGCGUUUGCAGGAUUCAGCACACCGGCCUGGAAGACAUCUUAACAGAGUAUGCGGAUGUGUUCACUUCAGGCUUAAAUGGUUGUCUCCUGUGGGGCUCCCGUGUGGUGGUGCCUGAUGGUUGUCGUGCAUCUGUACUCGAUAUGCUACACCACACUCACCUUGGUAUGACAAGAAUGAAGGCAACGGCACGUAGCUAUGUUUGGUGGCCAGGCAUCGAUAAGGAUAUUGAAAACGCCGUCAAAACCUGUCCAGAAUGCGAUGCCCUCCAAAAUGCUCCUCCCGUGGCUGAACUACAUCCGUGGGAAUGGCCUUCUACACCUUGGUCAAAAGUGCAUGUCGACCAUGCUGGCCCCUUCCUGGGUGUCAUUCAGUCAGCAACGGGACCCGUCUCCUACCGCGUUCUUCUAGAGGAUGGGCGCGUCGUAAGGAGACACGUCGACCAGAUUCGGCAGCGCCAUUCCACUCUGCUCGAGGUCAAACCACCUGCUGCCAUCUUGCCACAGCAGGAGGAUGCCCUCGAACCUAACUCUACGCCUCCUGCGGAGAGGGUACCUGCUUCAUCAUCUCCACACGUAAACACCUAGAAGGGCCUCCUGGGGAAGAUACGCCCGGUUCAUCUCCUACACCUCCCCUCGAAACCCAAGACACGGCGACGCAGCAACGUCUCACCACUGACUUCACCAGCAGCCGCAGGUGCAGCUGUCAGUACCACCGAGGCACCAAGACGGUCGGGGCGGAUAAGGCACGCUCCUGACCGUUGGGGUUAAGUAGUUAUUUUCCUGGGGGAUUAAGGGUUAUAAGUUGUUCCUAUGUUUGCUCUUAAGGGUGGAGGAAUGUUGUGUAUGUAUGUAUAAUUAGAUAGUUAAUAUAAUGUGUAAUUA